AUGGAAUUCGUACAGCUGGUACUUCAGCAUCCCCCAGCUGAAAAUUUACUGCAGUUGGAUCAAAUGUUGCAGGCGGAGAAGAAAGAAGCGUUAAAGAAGGCUCUGUUUCGUGGUGAUGUGACGUUAAUUGAAGAACUCUUAAACUCAGGUAUAAGCAUAGAAUCUGGCUUUCAGUUUGGAUGGACUCCCCUGAUGUGUGCUGCCAGUGUGGCUGAUUUUGCAGUAGUGCGUCUUCUUCUGGACAGAGGUGCUAAUGCAUGUUUUGAAAUAGAUAAGUACACUGUGUUGAUGGCAGCAUGUGCUGCGCAUGCUUCAGAGGAAAACAUCUUGAAGACCGUAGAACUGCUUCUGUCAAGGAAUGCUGACCCUAACCUUACUUGCAGGAGGCAAAUGACUCCACUGAUGUACGCAGCUAGAAAAGGCUAUCCUCAGGUUGUUGCUCUUCUUGUCGCUCAUGGAUCACACAUAAAUGCCCAAGAUGAAAAUGGAUAUUCAGCAUUAAUAUGGGCAGCACAGCACGGGCAUAAAAGUGUAAUUGUUAAGUUGCUUGAGCUGGGAGCUGACAAAAAUCUACAGACUAAGGAUGAGAAAACAGCAGCAGAGCUAGCAAAAAUCAAUAAACAUUCAGAGAUUUAUAGUUUACUCUCUUUGGCUGCAAAUCGCUUGCAAGGGAGAUACCAUGAAACGACUAAGCAAGAGGCUAUCUACAAAUUUCUGACAGCUGUCCCUGACCACAGAGUUGGUUCAUCUUCAACUUUUGAUGACAUGGAAGUGUUUUUACAUGGUCUUGGUCUAGAACACAUAAUAGGAUUAUUGAAGGAAAGAGAUAUAGCUUUAAGACAACUUCUGAUCAUGCAAAAAGAUGAGUUAAUACAGAUCGGCAUUACAAAUCCUGGAGAUCAACAGAAACUCCUAGAUGCUAUUAAUGAGCUACAAGUGGAAGAAAUAAGAAUUGGAGACCUCCCUGAAGUGAUGAAGCUGGAAUUAAGUGGAGAUGAAUUCCUCCAGUUUCUUCAGAAGUUGAAUAAAGAGUGUAGUAAGCUGACCAUUCCUGUGCAGACCAUGAAUAAGCAUUUCCUCAAAAAUUCUCACAAGAUAGUACUGCAGUGGGCACCGACUGAAAGUUUUAUUGAGGUCUGCAAAGACUUGGUUUGCAGUGUUAAAAAGCUGGGAGAAGAAGUUACUAAACUGAAGGACCUGGUGGAGAAGCAUGAACAGACGAAUGACCCCAGCCGAGUGAAACUUCCAGAAAAAGCACCCAGCUUGGAAAAAAGAUUAGUAAAAAUGGGAGCGGUAACAUUGCUUGGAUUUGGUUUUUUCUUCUUUAUAACUAAGUUAGUGGUAAAGAAAACCUGA